GUGAUAAAUGGCGCAACGAUGCUAUUUUGACACAGUUUUGACAACCGAUUCAAAAAUGACAUGUCCGAGUCAAUCUUUCGGGUGAUCUACCAGGGGGCACGCAUCGCCUACAAGGCUCUUGUCAAAUCCAUCGUUGAAGAAAUUGAACUGAGUCAACAAGCCGCAAAAAUUCGUUAUCAACACUCUCCAGACCAAGAAUUUUCAAAAAAAGACAUGACUUUGGCCGAAGCGAUGCAGAUCUUGAAUGUGGAAAAAGUCGAUCCGGUGUUGGUGGAGAAACGAUUCAAAUUUCUUUUUGAAGUGAAUGGGAAAAGCAACGGAGGCUCGUUUUAUCUCCAAUCGAAAGUUUUUCGGGCUAAACAGAGGAUUGAUGGGGAGAUUAAAAUGCUGAGUCCUUGUUGUAACGAUUCCAAAUAAAUGAAAUUUUGAAGGAAAUUGGUUAUUAAGUU